CAGGAUCGCCAGGCCUGGGCGCACUCGGGGUUAUUAUCCCUUCUCCCAAAUCUCCUCUCCGAGUCUUCGCUCGAGCUGCGGCUGGGAAGCGAACCGAAAGUGGAAAGCCGCGGGGCUGCACCCGGCAGAGCGCGCCUCCUUUUCCGCGCUGCGAUAUUUUUUGGAUGCCUUCCGGUUUAAAGAAUCCCCAGCUGCUCUGAUGAUAGCUUAAGAAGACUGCAUGCUGUUCCCUUUCAAUGCCAGGCCAGGCGCCCUCAGAACCUCACAUCUCAGUCCUUCAUGGAGCCCGGGUCCCAGCAGGAAUGGCAGUGGGGGAAAUUGGCACGCAGAUGGUUCCUCCACGUGAAGUCGUCUUGGUCUGCGGGCCGACUCGGGAACACCUGGUAACCAGGCUCGCCCUCUGUCAGUCACCCAGGGCAGGGCAGCAUGGUGCGGAUUCAGAGGGGGAAGCUGCUGGCAUCUUGCCUGUGCGUCAUGGCUGCCGUCUUUCUGCUCAUCACACUCCAGGUCGUGGUUGAGCUGGGAAAAUUUGAAGGCAAGAAGUUUAAAAAUUCUCAUUUGAAAGGUGGACGUGCAGAAAUGGAAGCAGAGCCUCUCCACCUCCAUCCAUUCUUUAACAGAGGAGGACUGACCCUGAACAGGAAGAAGACAUUGUUAGCUGACAGCUUCCCCAUCAUGCUCUGGUGGUCCCCACUGACCGGGGAAACCGGAAGGCUCGGCCAGUGUGGGGCGGAUGCUUGCUUCUUCACCAUCAACCGGACCUACCUCCAUCAUCACAGGACCAGAGCCUUUCUCUUCUACGGUACUGACUUUAGCAUAAAUAGCUUACCUCUGCCUCGGAAAGCCCAUCACGACUGGGCCCUUUUUCAUGAAGAGUCUCCAAAAAAUAAUUAUAAGCUCUUUCACCAGCCAGUAAUCACCUUGUUCAACUACACCGCCACCUUCAGCCGGCAUUCCCACCUGCCACUAACCACCCAGUACUUGGAGGGCACGGAAGUCCUGACGUCCCUCCAAUACCUGGUCCCCUUGCGGUCUAAAAACAACCUCCGGAAGAUCCUUGCUCCCCUGGUGUAUGUACAGUCCGACUGUGACCCGCCCUCAGACAGGGACAGUUAUGUUCGAGAGCUGAUGACAUACAUUGAGGUCGAUUCCUACGGCGAGUGUCUGCAAAACAAACCUCUCCCUCCACAGUUGAGCAAUCCAGCCUCUAUGGACGCAGAUGGCUUUUACAGGAUCCUCGCCCAGUAUAAGUUUAUCCUUGCUUUUGAGAAUGCGGUGUGUGAUGAUUACAUCACCGAGAAGUUCUGGAGACCUCUGAAACUGGGGGUCGUCCCUGUUUAUUACGGAUCCCCCAGCAUCGCAGACUGGCUUCCAAGUAAUAGAAGCGCUAUCCUGGUAUCAGAAUUUUCUCACCCUAGAGAACUGGCAAGUUACAUCAGAGCACUGGAUCAGGAUGACAGACGCUACCAGGCCUACAUAGAAUGGAAGCUGAAGGGUGAGAUCUCAAAUCAGCGACUUCUCACCACGCUCAGGGAACGGAAAUGGGGGGUGCAGGACAUUAAGCAGGACAACUACAUCGACGCAUUUGAGUGUAUGGUGUGCACCAAGGUGUGGGAUAACAUUAGGCUCCAGGAAAAGGGCUUACCACCCAAAAGAUGGCAGGCAGACGUGACCCACCUGAGCUGCCCAGAGCCUGCAGUGUUUGCUUUCUCACCGCUGGCCCCACGUCGGCGCUCCUUGCGAGAGAUGUGGAUACCAAGCUUCCAGCAAUCCAAGAGAGAAGCCCGGGCACUCAGGUGGCUGGUUGAUAGGAAUCAAAACUUUUCAACUCAAGAGUUUUGGGCCCUAGUAUUCAAGGACUAAUAUCCAAAAAGUAUUAGUUUUACUCUCUAGGUUGCCUUACUGUUUGAAUAUAAUAGCUGCUUUGUUGAUGCUCCAUUAGGAUGAGAAUAAAUGGUUGCAGUACUCAAGUGAGCUCCGUCCGAUGAUAGAUAUGAAUUACCCUUAGAGGUCGCUUCUCUAUUUUUUAUACUGAAAAGAAAAAGCAAGUAUUGGGUUGGCCAAAAAGUUUGUUUAGGUUUUUCCAUACCAUCUUAUGGAAAAACCUGAAUGAGCUUAACAUUUCUUACCAAAUACUAGUCACCUUCAGACUGCAUGUCUGGACACAUGUCCUUGCUGUCCUGUGUGAAAAUUCACCUGCUGCAGAGUGAAUGUUUUCUUUGCUGCGAGGAGCGAGGUCCUGAAAAGAAGGCAGGGGUGUAUAGCUGUGGGUUCCUCCACUCCCCUCGCUGUCUGCAUCGAUUGGUAUUUGGCAAGCCCGGUGUCCUGACGCUGAGCGUGAACAGGAAAUGCGUUAGAACUUGGCAGUGAGAGGAGCCAGCUGUUGAUUUCCAGGGCCGUGAGUGUGUCGUGAAGGCUGCGUGAGGUUGAUCCGCUGUCGCCUCAAGUCUACAGUACGUAGCGCGUCUCCAUCUCCCCCAUGCUCUCAGCAUCCCUCACACCUUUCUUAUCUCCGCUUUGCCCUGUAUCCUCCCCAGUUCCUUUUGUGAAGUCAUGCCUCCUCUUCGGAUAUUCUGAGUGAUGAGUUCCCCGAGGUCCCAUGUCCCACUGAGCAGAAUAGUACCUCGAAUCCUAUGAGCUGGGCUGGAUGGUCUGUGUGUUUGGAUCGUGGUGAGAGCGCGUGCCUGCCAGAACUCCCGUGGUGUGGAAGCUGACUUGUCUUAGGGAGAUGUACAACCUGGGGUGGGCAGCCCUUCAUUUUGGGAGCAUCCCCCGUCAUUUCUGACCCUGUCACAGAGGACUUUCAGCUGUCUUGUCUGGAGCUUCUGCUGGAGCUUCAUGAAAGAUGGGGAGAAAACAUGAGUUCCCAUUCUCUUUUCUUGGGAGCCUGGGAAGUCUUCUAGAUGACACUUGAGCCUGUUGCCACUUGCCGUGUGAUGGCUUUGUAGCGGAAAGACGUAAGCUCCAGAGGACAGGAAGGGUCCUGGUACUCAUGUGCCUGCCGUGGGACAAGGAGGAAGCUGAGGAAGGCACCCUUGACACUAGCUGCCCAUUUAUCACAGGCCGGUGUCUUUCAGUGCCUGCCAAGGGCAUCUCCUCUUCGCAGGUCUGUCUCUGGCUAUGCCAGAGAAAUAAGGAUGAAACCAGAACAUUCUUUUAGAGGCAAGAAGCGUCACAGGGCUUCUCGCCUAGGACUGGGUUCUUUCCAUCCCAGCUCUGCCAUUAACUAAAUAUUUUGAACAAACCUCUUGACCUCCCUGGGCCUUCGUUUUUGUGCCUAAGAAGAACACAUAAUUCUUAUGUCAGCAUAGAUCUUUAGUUCCUUCUGAUUACAGAAAUGAAAAUUCUUGAGAAACUCAGAGGGAAUAUGGAAUGAUGAGCUGUGACUCUAGAGUAAGAAAAACCUGAUUAUAGUCCCCCCUCUUCGAUGUACCAUCUUUAUUACCUUGGCCAAGUUAUUUGGUCUUUUAAAUCUUUGGUUUGCUCAUGUGUUAUGUUUGCUCUCUGUGCAGUUGUUGUGAUAAUUAAAUAAGUUUGUGUUCAUGGAACUUCCCUGGUGGUCCAGUGGUUCAGCUCCGCGCUUCCAAUGCAAAGAGUGCAGGUUCAAUCCCUAGUCCUACGUGCUAUGAAGCCAAAAAGUAAAAAUAAAUAAAUAGAUACUGUAAAACAGACAAAUAAAUAAAUACGUAAAUAAGCUUGGGAGGUUAUACAGCCAGCUCCGAUAGGCCAUUAUGAUACUUGGAACUUUACUAUUACAAAAUCCUUAAUUUUAAAAAAACUGAUUGAGUAGGUAAUUAAAGAUUUUAGAGACCAUCAAUGAAGGUAGCAAGUGACAUUAAUGGUUUUAAAGCAAGAGCAUUAUCCCAGGAGCCUCACAUAAAUCGCUUCUUAUAUAUACAGAGUAAACUACAAUAGAGCAAGUUUACUUAAUGGUGUUCUUGAUGAAGUAAUAAAAAUGACUAAUUUUAUAAAACCUUGA